AUGGGGUCUACACGAAGACUCUGUUUGCUGGCUCUCGCCUGCUUGCUUCUCGUCACCGUUUCAUUCGGUGAGCCAUUGAGGCGUUUGAAGAAAACGAACAACAGUGUGAAAGGUCCAGCUCCAUUCGGCGACACGCAGUAUCGCCCUGGACAGGCCGGACCUCAGGGGGAACGCGGGCCCCAAGGACCACCGGGUCUAGACGGAGAAAUGGGGCCACCUGGGCCACCGGGACCGCCUGGCCCCGCAGGAUCAAAUGGUCCUGAGGGCCCGCCCGGCCCACCCGGUCCACCCGGAGUCGACGGACGCAUGGGCCGCGAUGGAGAACCCGGAUUGCCUGGACCGCAGGGUGAUAUGGGUCCGCCCGGUCCCAUGGGCCCAACCGGUCCCCCUGGUGCAAAAGGCCCCACGGGUCCUCAGGGUUCCAAGGGCGAGCGCGGUGAUCAGGGUCGUGACGGACCUGAGGGUAUGCGUGGGGAGACAGGUCACCAAGGUCCGGGUGGUCGUGCGGGUCCACGAGGAACACGAGGACCAGCAGGACCUGUUGGAGCUCAAGGACCCCGUGGUCCAGACGGAGCCGACGGAAUGGGGUUGCCUGGUCGUGAUGGGGCCCAAGGUCCAAAGGGUGAGCCUGGACUGCGAGGUCUUGCAGGAUCUCCGGGUCCACAGGGCCCACGAGGUGUUUCUGGUCCUGCUGGAGCUUCUGGAGAAGCCGGUCCGAAGGGUCCAGUCGGCAGCCCCGGACCUGUUGGCUCUCCUGGACCCACUGGUAAUCAAGGCCAUCCUGGACCUAUCGGACCUCGAGGCCCCACUGGCCCACCUGGUCCAAUGGGUCCUACUGGACCACGUGGUCCACGCGGACGUGCCGGACAGAAGGGUGCAAUGGGUCCGCCAGGUGCUCCAGGCGCUCCCGGAGCUCCUGGAAGUGACGGUCGCCCUGGACAGCCAGGUGCUUCGGGACGACAGGGUCCCCGUGGACGUACUGGUCCGCGCGGUGAAGCAGGUCCUGCAGGGCCCGACGGUUCUGAUGGUAAAACCGGCCCCAUCGGCCAUCCUGGUCCAGACGGAAAGGAGGGAGCGCCCGGACCUCAGGGCCCCCAGGGUCCACGUGGUUUUCCUGGUAAAUCUGGUGAAGACGGUGUCCCUGGCCGUCCCGGCGUCUCUGGUCCUUCUGGUGAACAAGGCGCACGGGGUCCUCCUGGUCCACAAGGCGAGCAUGGAACUCCCGGUCCCAACGGUCCAGUGGGUCCCAAGGGAGACCGAGGUGACAAAGGGCCCACUGGUCCGGCGGGUAUACAAGGUGAGACUGGUCCUUCUGGACCCCGAGGAAGGCCUGGUCGUCAAGGUCCCAAGGGUGGACAGGGCCCCAUGGGUCCCGACGGACCUGCCGGACCUCGAGGUCCACGCGGCCCGAGUGGUGAGCCUGGAGACGACGGUAAAGAAGGCGAGCCUGGCAGGGACGCUGAAGAUGGACCAGCUGGACCCCGGGGUCGUCCUGGUCCUGCCGGUGACCGUGGUGAGGCUGGUCCACCGGGUCCCGCUGGCACUCCCGGUGAACCUGGAGUCAAGGGUGAUGCUGGUCCCAUGGGUCCUAUGGGAGUCAUGGGUGCUGCAGGUCUUCCUGGUGUACCUGGCGAAGAUGGAGCUCAAGGUGCCCGCGGCUACAAAGGUGACCGUGGACGUCAAGGCGCACGUGGUCUUCCAGGCAAGCACGGUGAACCUGGACCCCGCGGUCCAUCAGGGAAGGAGGGUCCGCCUGGCUUCCUCAGGAUAAUUGGGAGAAGUAUCGGUGUGUCCGGACCUCCAGGUGAGACUGGUGCUGUGGGACCUACAGGACCUAAGGGUCGUGCAGGGAUGCAAGGCGUUCAGGGACAACCAGGUCCACCAGGAGCUCCUGGAGCAGCAGGAAGUCGAGGUGUACCGGGUGCCAAGGGUCCCAAUGGCAAUCCUGGUCGGGAUGGUCCUAGCGGAACGCCUGGACUGCCUGGUCCUGCGGGGCUUAGUGGGGCUUCUGGUCCUGCUGGUCAGCCUGGACCACGUGGGAAACCAGGUCUUCCUGGUUCUCCUGGUUUCGAUGGCAUUCCUGGUCUGCGUGGUAUGACCGGAUCAAGCGGAAAGCCCGGUCCUACUGGUAGGGUCGGAGAGCCUGGAGAUAGGGGUCCUCCCGGACCAAUUGGUCCUGCUGGACGUGAUGGAGCCCCCGGGCGUGAAGGUGCUCAGGGUGACCAGGGAGCCACCGGUGAACCCGGUCCCAUGGGGGACAAGGGUCCCCAAGGAGGUGUUGGUCGAGACGGUCCAAUGGGUUCACAGGGCAUGCGUGGAGCCAAUGGCAGUCCGGGCGCUCAGGGACCUCCUGGCCCAGAGGGUCUUCCUGGACCGCAGGGUCCCCAGGGUCCCACUGGUGACCAAGGUCCGCAAGGUCCGCCUGGUCCUCAGGGUCGCAAAGGUCCAGUCGGUGAGGAGGGUCCUGAAGGAUCCAUCGGUCCCGACGGUCCUAUUGGACCUGAGGGUCCAGUUGGAGAGGUUGGUGAUGCUGGUCUUCCCGGCUUCCGUGGUCCUCGUGGUGUACGGGGCGUAACCGGUUCCAUCGGCUUGGAGGGUCCAGUUGGUCUGCCGGGCCGUCAGGGUGCACCUGGUGCUCGUGGCCGUGCUGGCAAGCCCGGAGCUCCCGGAGCCCAGGGAGAAGUUGGUCCCCCUGGUGAACCCGGUGCCGAUGGAAAGGACGGAAGUCCCGGACCUGAAGGUCUUCCAGGCCCUCAGGGCCACCCUGGCUGGAUGGGACCUCCAGGCUUGCCUGGCGAACAGGGAGACGACGGACCCCGUGGUGACACUGGUGAGGCAGGUCCUGAUGGAAAUCCUGGUCCAGCUGGUGAGGCUGGUCUCAUCGGCCCGCGAGGAAAGACUGGCCCCAAGGGACCCCGUGGAGACCCCGGACUUCCAGGCCCUCAAGGUCCAACUGGUCGUGAUGGUCCUCGAGGUCCACCUGGACCUGUUGGCCCACCCGGCCCUCCGGGUCCUCCUGGUCCACCUGCCGUCAAGAUGCCUAUGAUGACGUCACCCACCAAGGGCAACAUCAUGUAUUCGGACGCUGCUGCCAUCGCUCAGGUCUUCGGUGUUGAAUCCAUCUCAGUUCCACUGGGUACUCGUGACGUCCCUGCGCUCACGUGCAGGGAUCUUGCCAAGUCUCAUCCUAAUUUGCAGGAUGGCCUCUAUUGGGUGGAUCCAAACGGGGGUGGUCCGGAAGACGCAAUUCAUGUCUACUGCAACUUCAAGACAAAAGAGACUUGCAUCGAUUCCAAUCAGGCUGUCUACUCAGCGGGUGCGGAAAAGCAGAGUUCGACUGAUGAUUUUACGUGGCUGGGUGAAGUGGCGGACUACGGCAACCUCCUCUAUAAAGUUGAAGGUACCCAACUGGUCAUGCUGAAAGCGCGCUCUUUGGGCGCACACCAAACUCUGACUGUCUCCUGCGCCAAGGGCCUCAAACUCUACUCAGACAACGAAAUUGAACUAACCUCCAACGAAGUCCAUGCCAAAUUCAGUGUCACCUCUAACACUUGUCAGAACAACUCUGGCCUUCCUAAAGAAGUAGUGUUGGAUGUGUACGGGCCACCACUUCGUCUGCCAGUGCGUGACGUGGCCUUCGCCGUGGCAGAGGCCAAGAUGAAUGUUCGAGUGGGUCAGGUGUCUAAGUGGGCAAUGAGGUGUCCUCAGUUAGUUGACUCUCAAGAUCUCAACUUGACUCGAUUAAGGUUCCACAGCAACGGCAGCUAUUUUAUAAUUUGCGGGGUCUUUGUUGAUCCUAUGGAGGUAUGCCAUUACACGGGUAACAUGGAUUUAAAGGUGACACGGCUGAUUGAGGGGCGAAGAGAUAAAGAGGGAAUUGGCAAUAUUCCGCUUCACGACUACAAGGAUGUCAAAAAUUGGUUAGGAGACCACGAGGUCAACUUCAACUUCAGAGCUUGCCAGAGGUCGAGAACCGGGCUGUAUUACGAACGCACGUGA